GUUCUCAGUUCUCUGAUAUUAGCCAGCCGCAACAAACGCGCGCGCGCACUUUCAUUUACAUCACAAUGACAACGUCUAUCGAUACUAUUAGUUUAAAAAAUAAGGUCAAGGAUGCAGUGGAAAUUCCCCUGCUGACGAGAUGCUGCUUCUGUUUUCCUUUACGAAAGGGCCUGAUAGCCUUCGCCUAUAUCAAUUUGACUUUGACGGUGAUAGUGACAUGUUUCCUAUCGCUGUACAUAUCAUACAUCCGCAACGCUUCGGAGGUGGAGCAGCUAACGCUAGCGUCAGAGUACGCGAGACUCAUCACAGAUGUAGUAGCCUUGUUGAUAGAGCUCCUUAUGGCGGUCACUUUCAUCAUCGCCUUACACAGGAAACACGUGCUGCUCAUGAAGGUGUACCUGUAUUUUGAGAUCGUGUAUUCAAUAUUCGGCUUCGUGUACAGUAUAGCCUUCCUCACCAAGGAGACGGCCAGCGAACUCUUCCUGGAGCUGUUCCAAUUAAUGCUCCAAGUGUACCUGGUGAUCCUAAUCAGGAGUUCAAUAGUGAAGAUGGAGAGAGACGGCUCAGUGAAAUACUCACGGGAAUCAGACCACGCCUAGUUGUAAAUAUAAUCACCUAUUUUAGAAAAAUAAGUAUUGCCCUGAUUCCCCACUAUCGUGUGACCGCUUGGAGUUUGACGGAACGGCGCGUUGACAGACGCACGGUCACCGGUGACCGCUUGGAUGUAUACGGGAAUCAUCGCCUAAAUUUGUUUAUACAAAAGUAGUCUCUAAACAUUUGAAACUAGCUUCUACCCGCGGCUUCGCUCGCGUCAC